AUGCUGUUCGUGAUGGUUAGAGAAGGUAGCGCCGAUGAGAACAAGUCGGCGAAACCGAUUUCGGAGAGAGUGUCACUUUUUCGACGCACAACACCAGGCACCGAGCGUGUGCGCAAUAAUUCUCGACUCGACUCGCAGGAAGAGCAGAGCGCGCGCGACUCUUGGAGCCAGAAGCCCAAAAUUGAGCGAGCGUUCUUCCAGCUUCUUCUCAAGGCGCAGCUAAGAUUGUAUGCAAUGGAUCGGGAGAUGCUUUUCGUCGUGUCCGUCCCCGAUCGAUUUUGUCACCGGCCAUUUCAGAGACGUUUCAAUGCAGCGACCCUCCUUCUACGAUCCUUGCCGCCGUCACUUCAUGUCCAGCGCAGUCCGCUCUCGUUGCAUCUCACCCAUCACUUCACCCUCAGCAGACAGUUUGAACCACAUCGCAUCCGCUCCUUCCAACACUUUUCGCACUGA